AAAAUCAAAGAACUUUAACCAUUUUGUUCGAGGGCCGCCACCGCCACCACCCUCUAUACUGCGCCUUAGAUACCUAAUCAUAAAUUUGUGCGAGCCAAAACUUGUUUGUGGCUGAUGAUCGAGAAGCCGGCUAUGGAUCCCUCAGGGCGUCGGCUAGCUGGUGAUCGUACCUUGCGCUACGUCUCAAGCGGUUACCGUAGAAUAUGGGUGUUAGAAACUCCGAGUGUCACGUAGGGCUACAGGAAAAUAUAAGAAAAUAGAAAGAGUUAGAUUUAACUUUACCGUGAGCUCAUUUUCGGCAUUGGCUUAUCCUUACUAUCGAAAGUGUGUUUAAAGUAGUCUUGGACAUUGUAAUUAUAUAAAGUAGUUACUGCUUUAGAGAUCUGGACUAGAUAAAAUUCACACCGUGAUCGUAGCGAGAGACUCAAUCAAAUUCAUGAGUGCAAAUAACUUGGUCUAGUGUGGCACACCACUUUUCACCCCAACACACUGUGAGUUUAAUUUCGACCACUACUUUCAUGCAGCAAAUGAUGCUUGUUCCAGCUGUUGAGAUCACCGAAAAAUUCUGUUUCCUUAACUAAGUAGAUGUUGCAAGACCCGCUAAGAAUGACGUAUGAUUGGUCGGAUUCCAGGCCGAGAAUCAAACAUAUAAUGAGCUAUCAUUAUCACGAAGUGAUAACGUCAGUCGAUUGUUAUUCUCCACUAAAGAGCUCCUUACUCUAAAUAAGAUUAUACACAAAUAGUUUACCCACGCGCUUCGUAUGAAGCACAUCUGAUCUCUGGCAUUAUAUUACUAAUUUAGUAUUAAUUAUAUUAGGGAGAUGUUACAUAAAUCGGCAGCGCUGCGCUCAAAGCGCAUACAUCAGAUGGCAUAUUAUUCAACAGCAAAAUCCCGAAAAGUGAUAGCCAUCCGUCGCGAAGACCAGUCAGUAUGGGAGCGGAGGGCGCCGUUUUCUCCAUUAAACGUGAAUCGCUUCGUGCGGAACGGAGUCAAGGUCAUCGUGCAGCCCUCAAAUAGGCGCGCUUACCCCAUGCAGUCUUACAUAAGCGCUGGCGCAGUGAUCCAAGAAGACAUCAGCGAAGCCAACGUCAUCUUCGGCGUGAAGCAGACUCCUAUAGACCUCCUUAUCCCGAACAAGACUUACUGCUUCUUUUCACACACCAUCAAGGCACAGGAGGCCAAUAUGCCCAUGCUGGACGCCAUCUUGGCUAAGAACAUCAGACUAAUAGACUACGAAAAGCUGAUGGACGAUGCAGGCAACCGGGUGGUAGCGUUCGGAAAGUACGCGGGCGUUGCCGGCAUGAUCAACAUAUUACAUGGACUCGGGCUGCGACUGCUGGCGCUGGGACACCACACGCCCUUCAUGCACAUCGGACCAGCUCACAACUACCGCAACUCGAGCAUGGCGCGACAAGCCAUCAGAGACGCCGGGUACGAGGUGGCGCUUGGCAUGAUGCCUAAAUCACUGGGACCACUGACGUUCGUAUUUACUGGCUCAGGAAACGUGUCCCAGGGAAGUCAAGAAAUAUUCUCAGAGCUACCCCACGAAUAUGUUCCACCGGAAAUGCUCAGAAAAGUAGCGGAACAUGGAAGUCCAAACAAGAUCUACGGGUGCGAGGUGCGCCGGCGGCACCACUUGGAGAGGAAGAAUGGCGGCGGUUACGACGCGCAGGAGUAUGAAGAACACCCUGAGCGAUACAUCUCUACCUUCGCGCAAAAGAUAGCACCCUACACGUCCGUGCUGGUGAACUGCAUCUACUGGGCGGUGGACAGCCCCAAGCUGCUGACCAUCCCCGACGCCAAGCACCUCCUCAUCCCCUCCAACACGCCCUGGCUGCCCAAAAGCAUCGGCGCGCCCGCUCUACCGCACCGAAUGCUGGCAAUUUGCGACAUCUCAGCAGAUCCAGGCGGCUCCAUUGAAUUCAUGAACGAGUGCACCACCAUCGACACGCCCUUCUGUCUUUACGACGCCGAUAGAAAUAAGGACACUAAAAGUUUCAAGGGCCCAGGCGUCCUGGUGUGCUCCAUCGACAACAUGCCGACGCAGCUGCCGCGCGAGUCUACGGACUUUUUCGGAGAUUUGCUCUUCCCCUAUGCUGAGGACAUCAUGAAGUCUGAUGCUUCGCGGCCCUUGGAGGAACACGACUUCUCACCCGUGGUUCAAGGGGCUAUAAUCACGAGCAACGGCAAACUGACACCGCCUUUCGAAUACAUCAACGAAUUGCGAUCAUCAAAUAAUCGCUCUCGCCACAAGGUGGAAGGUGACGACCAGCAGAACUCGGUGGUGAUCCUGGGCAGUGGGCUGGUGUCCGCCCCCGUGGUCGAGUACCUCGCUAAGGAGAAGAACAUCUCUGUAACUAUUGCGUCCCAAGUAAAGGAGGAGGCGGACGCGCUAGCGGAGCGGUACGGCGUGCGCUCGGCGUACUUACAAGCCGACGACGAAGCCGCGCUGCGCGCGAUGGUGUCGCGCGCUCGUCUCGUGGUGUCUUUAUUGCCUUAUGAGCUGCAUGGGGCCGCUGCGAGAGCCGCUAUUGAUGCUGGGGCCCAUCUGGUCACGGCGUCUUAUGUGCGGCCUGAGGUCCAGGAGUUACACAGCCGAGCUAAGGAGGCCGGAGUGACGAUCCUCAACGAAGUUGGGCUAGAUCCUGGCAUAGACCAUCUUCUAGCCCUUGAGUGCAUCCACGACGUGCAGAACCAUGGCGGAAGAGUAGACUCCUUCGUCUCUUACUGUGGAGGUCUGCCGGCGCCUGAGUUCAGUGACAACGCGCUGAGGUACAAGUUUUCAUGGAACCCACGAGGAGUGCUGCUCAAUACAAUCUCCGGAGCUAAAUAUCUAAGCAGAGGACAGAUAGUGGAGGUCCUCAGCGGCGGCGAGCUGAUGUCCGUAGCUCGUGAAUUAGACUUCCUACCCGGCUUCGCCUUCGAGGGCUUCCCCAACCGCGACAGCACACAGUACGCCAAGCUGUACGGAAUAGAGGACGCGCACACGAUCUUCCGUGGCACCAUCCGGUACAGAGGUUUCGCUGAAACUAUGAUCGCCAUGCAGCUGUUCGGGCUGGUGGACCCGAACCCUCAUCCCUCCCUCCAUCCUGAAGGACCUGAAAUUACUUGGCGUCAAUUCGCCUGCGAGCUGCUGGGCCUCACCGACUCGUCCAUCUUCUACGAGAACCUGAAGACGCGCCUGACGGAGCGCAUCGGCGGCGCCGGCGCGGCCGGGCUGGAGUCGCUGGGGCUGCUCGAGGACAGUGUCGUGGUCAAGAGGAACACACCGCUCGACACUGUCAGCCAUUACUUGACUAAUAAAUUAAAAUUAGGUGCCGACGAGACAGACUUCGUGGUGCUUCGGCAUGAAGUUGGCGUGACGUGGCGGGACGGGCGCAAGGAGCGGCGCGAGGUCACCAUGACGGUGCGCGGCGAGCCGGCCGGGGACACGGCCAUGGCGCGCACCGUGGGGCUGCCCACUGCCAUCGCUGCCAAGAUGAUCCUCGACGGUGAAAUUCAAGAGCGAGGAGUUGUACUUCCCUUCGCACCAGUAGUUUACAAGUCAUUGCUGUCGCGGCUGCGCGCGCACGGCGUCACAGCUCGCGAGACAAGUCGCCCGCUCAACUAAAUCUCAUAUGUUAGACCGGGACAGCAUGUGCUUCCCUUCGCACCGGCCGUCUACAAGUCGCUGCUGUCGCGGCUGCGCGUGCACGGUGUCACAGCUCGCGAGACAAGCUGCCCGCUCAACUAAACCUCAUAUGUUAGAGUGGGACAGCAUGUGCUUCCCUACACCAGUCGCUGCUGUCGCGGCUGCGCGCGCACGGUGUCACAGCACGCGAUAUAAGCCGCCCGCUCAACUAAACAGUACAUGUUAGAGUGGGACAGCAGGGUGCUCGCAUUUAAUUGUUUAAAUAACGGCUCAAUUUGUUCGCUCAACAAGUGCAACUAGACUAUAGAUAAACAGAGUAAUAGACGUAUGAACUCGAACAAGGCUACCGACCGACCAAUGUGACUGCUAUUUUCUGACGGGAAGAGUAUGCCGAGUUUUUUUUUUAUACUACGUCGGUGGCAAACAAGCAUACGGCCUGCCUGAUGAUAAGCAGUAUCCGUAGCCUAUAUACGCCUGCAACUCCAGAGGAGUUACAUGCGCGUAUGGCACCAAAUUGUAUUGCGCCCUAACAAGGUCAGUAGGGCUAAUAUGGUCGGCUUUUUAUCACUUGUCACUAUGUCUGUCACGUUCUAACAAGUAUAUAAGUGCGAAAGUGACGCAUGGCAUGACAAGUGAUAAAAAUGCGACCAUGAUACCGCUGCAGGAUGAUAUUCACAACUAUAAUCUGUGUUUUUACAGAAUGCUGAUAGAUUAUAUAUACUGUGUAUAGAUUGAUAGGCUAGGAAUAAUAAUAAACCUGCUUUGCGUACUAGCAAAUUAUUAACCAGGUCAAUUCCAUCGUGCACCGACAUCAAAUCUGUCAUUCGCGCGGGCGUCUCGUUCGCACUAAUACGUUGAUUGACGGACAAAUCAUAGCGAAAUGAACGCGCAAAUGAUAUCUAACUAAUAUUAUUCAAAUAUCGGUUUGAUGUCAGGCCCACGUUUGAAUUGUCCGGAAAGUUUUUUUUUAUAUAUACUUAACGAUAGGCAGGCGUUUGACCACGAUCUCACCUGAUGGUAAGUGAUGAUGCGGUCUACGGUGGAGCACGCUUACCUAUGAGCAAAAUCAAGUUACCUAGUACCCAGUGAAGAAGCAGGAGCGACUUCCAGUUGGUCCAGGUGGAAUCAGGUGGAGAAAUAACGCAGGAGUUUCCAAAAUUUAACACUUU